AUGGAGAAAAUGGAGUAUAGAAAGCAACCGGCCGGGCCACAUGUGAACGUCAAACCCCGCCUGAUCAUCCACGGCGGCGCGGGAAACAUCACGCCCGAGAAGCUUGGCCCGGAGAAGUACAGGCAGUACCAGCAUGCUCUAUUGACUAUUGUCUCAACGGUAGACACCUACAUGCGCACACCCUUCCCCCCUCACAAGGGCAAUGAUGCAUACUCACCCUCACCCUCACCAUCUCCGCCAAAGUACCCCUCCGCCCUCUCCACCGCAACCCACGCCGUAACCCUGCUCGAGAAAAACCCCCUCUUCAACUCCGGCCACGGCGCCGUCUUCACGCGCGACGGCAUCAACGAGCUCGAGGCCUCCGUCAUGGUCUCGCGCGGCCACGCGAAGCGCGGGGUAGGCGUCACUGGGCUACGGAGGGUAAAGCACCCGGUUCUGCUCGCGAAGGCGAUGCUGGAGCACGGGGGGGAGGAUUUGGUGGGGGGCCGGGAUGAGUCAGGGAAGGGGGAGGGGGAGGGAGAGACGCAGCAGCGAUUCUCCCCCGACGUCCCCUCCGCCCAGGGCCACACCCUCCUGCACGGCCCCACGGCCGAGUCCCUCGCCGCAAGGUACGGCCUCGAGCUCGUCGACCCGAGAUACUUCUUCACGCAGAACCGGUGGGACGAGCACAUCCGGGCGCUUCGGCGCGAAAAAAACGGGUCCGGGCUCGCGACGUGGAGCAAGGAGGAGUAUUUGCCGCAGGGGACGUGCGGUGCGGUGGCGCUGGAUGGAGAGGGCGUGCUGUGCGCGGCGACGAGCACGGGGGGGUUGACGAAUAAGCUUACGGGGAGGAUUGGCGACACACCGGUUGUGGGGGCGGGGUUUUGGGCCGAGGAGUGGGGGGAGGCUGGGGGUGAGAGCGAGAGUGGGCUGAGGAGGCGGUUGGGGGUGCCGGGCCCGCUGGUGCAGUUGUCGGAGAGCCUGAGGGGCUUCGUGGCGGAUUGCUUGCCGAGCCCUUUUCUGUACUCGCCGGUUGCACAGAUGCCCUGCGCUACUCGUGAAUUACAAACAACGCGUUCUAUCGCUCUAUCAGGCACCGGAAACGGCGACUCCUUCCUCCGCGUAACAGCCGCCAGGACCGUUGGUGCCGUCGCGCGGUGGGGCAAACUACCGGCGAAAGAGGCUUUAUAUCAAGUCGCCGGACGUGGCGGAGAGCUGCAGAGGAGUGCUGGAGAGCGCUGGGGUCAGACGGGGGAAGGGGAAGGCGGCAUGAUUGGCAUCGAGAGCGUGGUUUCUCGCGAUGCUUCUGGUCGGGUCGUGGGAGUCCGGGCGGAAAUACUGCAGGAUCAUAAUUGUGGAGGAAUGUUUCGCGCUUGGAUUGACAAUGAUGGCAAUGCAGUGAUGCGGAUAUUCCAUCCGGACGAUGGACGCGAUCCCACAGGUGCUUUGGAGCAGGAGGAGAAAACAGGAAGAGUUUACCUCGAAUAA